CAUUUUUUUAAAUAAAAUAAACUAGAUUAAAAUAUAUCAGAGCGCCCUUAAGGUAGCAUUGUUUUCAGAGUUUUUGUUUCAGAUGUUUGUCUGUAGGUGCACAUGUGGGCACAUGGAUGUGAAGCAAAGAGAGUGAAAGAGAUUUUUCUAUUUUAAAAAAUAGAAAAAAAUUUUUCUAUUUUCUAUUUCUUGCAAUUAGAAGUUUGCAAGUCUCAUCAUCUGAUUUCCUCUGAAGUAUUUCAGAAGAAGAAGUAUUACAUUAUCGUAAUCAUUCUUUCCCCACAGCUCUGUAGACACACCUGCCAGGCCAGUCCUUUUAGAGAUCUGGGUCUGUGGUUUCCAAUGAACUCUUCAUAUCAGGGUUCCUGCCUCACAUUUUAUAUUAAGAGGAGGGAUUGGAUCUGUUUCGUUGAGGGUUUUUUUUUUGUUUGUUUGUUUUGUUUUGUUUUUACAGUGAAGUGUCAAGGAGAUGGGGGUGGGCAUAGGGGGUAAGGUUUCAACUAUCGAAACCAGAAACAAAACUCAGUUUAGGACACUUGCCACAAGAGAACCUGAUUUUGGCCAAGCAGAUAUCAUGUGUGAGAUCUGUAUUAUUUACUUCAUGCUUGAGGGUCUGCUAUCAAGCUGUAGAAACUGAGAAGUUGUUUUAGUCACAAACAAUCCACAUGCCGGUAGAUCAUGAUUUAUUAGAUUGUGUUUGCCCAUAUAAGGUGGAACCCUGAAGUUUUUUCAACAAUUCUAAAAGCAUCUUUCAAGUCUGCAGUGAGACUUCUAAGAUAUGUGUUACUUCCUUCAUGUACAUAAGUAAUUUUCAACUAGAAUAAAGGUGUGAGUAAUUUAUUUUUUCCACCAACUGGAAGCCAACCAUUUGGAAGACCACUCAGGAAAUAUGAGAUAAGUCUUUCCUUUAAAGUUACUUUUAUAUUUACAAGGAAAAGAGGAGGUUUUGUUCUUCUCUUUCAAUUUUGGUGACAAUUGAGAGCUUUAUUGAAUAGCUUUGGCAUGCAGAGUGAUUUUUCAUUAAAAAUUGAAAAGGCAUCUGAAAUCUGUAUCUCUAUGGAUUAUUCGACAGUAGAACCUGGGCAAUUCCGUGCAAGAGAUUUUUGAGGUAUUCAAUUUUUGGAAGUGAAACAAACACAAAUGCUCCUCCUCCAAGGGGCGGGGGCGGUGCCUGAGCGAUGAACCAAUCACAGCGCGUCCUGCCCUAUAUAAAGCCCUGAUGGCCUCCUCCCCGCCCCCAACCCGCGACACUUUAGCGUAGUUGCUGAAUGAUAUGUUCUGUUUUUCUUUGCUGUUAUGUCUGAGACGGCGCCUGCCGCUCCAGCCGACCAGGUUCUGGCUUCUAUGGACAAACCUCAAGCGAGAAAGCGGGUAAAGAAGCCAGUUGGCUUGACGGGUGUGAAUCGGAAAACAGCAAGCGCAUCAGUGUCCAAGUUGAUUACUGAGGCACUCUCGGUCUCCCAGGAGAGAGCUGGCAUGUCCUUGGCUGCGCUGAAAAAAGCGCUAUCAGCUGCAGGUUACGACGUGGAGAGAAACAAUAGUCGCAUCAAGCUGGGUCUCAAAGGCUUGGUGAGCAAGGGAAUCCUGGUACAGACUAGGGGUACCGGUGCGUCCGGCUCUUUCAAGCUCAGCAAGAAGGCUGCUCCUGAACUUAGUAAGGGAAAAGUCAAAAAACCUUCUGCGAAGAGUAGGAAGCUGGUCUUAUCCAGAGAUUCAAAGUCUCCGAAGAAUGGUAAAGCUAACAAAAGAGCAAAGAAGCCGAGGACCACGGCGGUUCAGAUAGCUGCUAGGAACGGGGGGAAAACCAAAAGAACCAAAUGCAAACAACGGAAGAGUGCAGCGCAGGCCAGGGCAGGAAACCCCAAAACUGGGAAGCCUAAGCUGACCCAACAGGAAACUAAUACUAGGAAAGCAACAACCAAGAAGUAAUACUUCUUCACCAGUUUUCACAGAACCCAAAGGCUCUUUUCAGAGCCACCCAAGUGAUUUUAGGAGGGUGUAACAUCGUUUCCAGAAGUCUCUGAAGACUAUUGGUUCUAAGUAUUUGAUAAAUGAACGUGUGAUGUGGUGAAAUUUAUCUUGUUGGACAUACAGUACAGAUACUUUAGCGUGGGUAGUGUCCAAUUCCAGAGAAUUGUCCAUCCUAACAAAAUCAGGGCACAUUCCUGAAGUUCUUAAAUGCUCUUAGAAUACUGGAAGGGGCAGCCAUUCUCUUCUCUAGGAGCAUCUUCCCGAUCCAGGGAUCAAACCCAGGUAUCUUGUAUUAGCAGGCAUAUUCUUUACCAUCUGCACCACUAGAGAAUCCCUCUUCGAGAGCUACUACGUUUAAAGUUUAGGCCGUUUCUGAGUGGAGAUCUGUCCCAUGCCUCAAUUAUGUUUUACCAUGUUUUGUUUCGUUUCUUCACCUAAUUCUACUCCAGUAUGUACUUUUAUGUAUCAUUCUGUACAAAGGUUCUGAACUCCGUAUCCAUGGACUUAACAGGAGUUAAUGUAGGGAAACCAAGGUCUCAAUUUGGGUUAGUGGGAAGUUUUUUUUUUUACUUAUUUAAACAUCUUUCCACUGUGAUUUUUUGUAAAUCAGACGUUUUCGUUUUACAAUUUGCAAGAAUAUUGAAAAUUUUGUCUUCGUUACUAUGAAAGCAGAUUAUUUUCUAUAGGUUAAGCACAUGUAUUAAAAUUUGAUUUUGUAAUAUAGUCAAUAUAAUUGUGGUUGUCAGUGAAGAGAGUGAGUCUUGUUCAUAUUGCCCUACACAGGCUGAAAAAUGUUAAACGAUGUAUAGAAAUGUUGGAGGCUGAAUGUAACCUUUAUGCUUGUAUUAGGAAAAGCAUCUUUUUCACUUUGAACAGUUUAGUUUGUUUUUACUUAAUUUGUAAUUUAUCCUUAUUUAAAGUUCCUCGUAAAUAACACAUUUAUACUGUU